ACAGUUUUAAUUAAACUGUGUUUUACAGACUCCUGUUUGCCCUUUGAGUUUGCAGUUCAAAGUUCAUUGAAACUCGACCAACAACAUCAGGACUCAGAAUUUUGUUUACAGCAUUUUUACAGGACAUUUAAACAUGUUCGCUACCUUUAUUCAUAGUCAGUCAUUGAAUUGGGAUUAAACCGUCAUCUGCAAUACAUUUGUGAAGGAAUCUUCCAUUCUACAUUUUACUCUUACAUGCAUUUUCAUCUUGUGGCUUUAAUGAAUAUGAUUUAAUUCUUAAAUUUAAUUCUUUCUCUACAGAUAUGUGUCAUUUGCCUCUCAUGUUUCUGGUGUUUUUACUUUGGGCAGCUGAAGGUGCUGUAACGUCAAAUAAGGAAUCUUCAGGUCUAGAGACUUGUAAAGACUUUAGCUCUGCGUUUGAACGGAUAUUCACCGUACUGGGGGCUGCAACACUGUUGAAGUGCUCGUUGGACAUUAGUCUUCUGUUUGACUCAGAGACCACUCCUUACAACAUCUCGUGGUACGAUCAGAAAACCGGCUCUGAGAUUACAAAAGUGAAGGACCGCAUCAUACUGCGAGAUAAUGAACUCUGGUUCUUCAACAUCACCAUGGAGCAACAAGGAAGUUACAUUUGUGUGGUCAGAACUCUAAGUGAGUGCUACAAACAGGCGACAGUGUUGGUCGUUGAAGAAAAUACAUCAGAAAUCUGUAAAAGACCAAGGGCAAGCGUGCAACAAGUCAAUGCUGGAUUGAGUGGUCUUCUUUCCUGCCCUUUGAAAAGUUACACCAAAAAUGUGGAUAGUUUUUCCUUCCAGUGGUAUAAGAAAUGCGAGAAGCUUCAAGAAGAUCAGAAGUUUGUGCUGAAGAACGAAAUACUGCGCAUACGCAAAGUUCUCCCCGAGGACGCUGGCUUUUACACCUGCAAAAUGAACUUUAGUAUAGCUGGACUCGUCGGUGAAAUGGCUGAAAAUAUCGAGUGUGUAGUACAAGAUGACUAUUUAAAGAAACCUGAAAUUGUUGAGCCGAUUAAUGAGGUCAUCAAAGUGGACAGUGGUUCAUCGUUCAUGAAGCACUGCCGUGUGUUUGUGCCGGGUAAAGGCAUUCAUAUGGUUGAUGUGUUCUGGACAGUUUCCGAUGGCAUUGGCGAGGAAUACAUCUCUGACAACGAGCAAGAUCGCAUUCAUCAGAAGCUCCGCAAUGACACUCAAACUGAUGAUGGUAUUUGGCUGAUGCGCACUCUCUGGAUGUCUGAGGUAUCGGAGGAUGAUUUCAAUCAGACUUUCAUCUGUAUAGCGUACAGCGCGCGAGGAAUGGUCACUGGCCAAUUCACACUCUUCCCGAAAGAUCCAAACUUUUUGUUGCCUCUCGGUCUUGCCCUGGGCUCGCUGGCUCUGCUGUUCAUUAUUGGAGCUCUUCUGUGCCGAGCAUUCAAGGUGGAGCUGAUUUUGUGUGUCAGGAAGAUGUUUCCAUUCUUCUAUAAAACCACAGAUGGAGAUGGAAAGCAAUAUGAUGCAUACAUUGCUUUUCCGAGAGUCCUGGAAGGCUCCAGUGAAACGGCUGAGAUUUUUGCUAUGAAAACUUUGCCCCAGGUCUUGGAGGACCAACAUGGUUACAAGCUUUUCAUCCUUGGCCGGGACAGUCUACCUGGAGAAGCUGUGGUGGAUGUUGUGCAAGACGCUUUGAGCCGAUGUCGCAGAUUGCUUCUGCUCUAUACUGCAUCUUCACUCUGCAGCCCGGAAGCUCUGGAGUGGGCGGAGCAACAAACUGGUCUGCACCGAGCCCUGGUGGAGAAAGCGAUUGGCAUUGUGCUCCUAGAGAUUGAAGAAAUUCGAGAUGCCUCGCAGCUCCCGGAGUCUGUCGUCAUUCGAGAAAAGCAGGGAGCUUUGCAGGCCUGGAAAAGGAGAAAGAGGUGGAUGCCCUGGGACAGGAGCUCAGAGGACUGUAGGAGCUCUCUCGACCCCUCUGCACGCUUUUGGAGGGAGGUGCACUACCACAUGCCUGUCCGAGGCAAAGCUAAAAAGAGCAAACUUUGGUUUAGUUUUUAAGUGAACACUAUAUGGAACUGUUUGAGGCCAAGUAACACUGCUUGUAUUGAUGCAGUAAAGGACCUGGUGAUGUAAAGUUUUUGUUCCAACAGCUCUGAUGGUAGAGCAUGGCACCAGUGAUGCCAAGGGCAUAGGUUUUGGUUCAUAUCCCAGGGAACACACCAACUGUUAAAAAGAUACUGCAUACUUUGAAUGUGCCGCAAGUUGUUAUGGAUUAAAGCAUCAGCAAAAUGUGUAAAUGUACAGUAAA